AUGGCCAACGGUCGCUCGUCGCAGGAUGAGCGUAAGCUCGAGAGUGGUUCAACUGCCCCUCAGGACAAGGGCCUCCACCCGGCUUUCUACAUUGCUCUUUGGAUUACCCUCAGUUCCAGUGUCAUCCUGUUCAACAAAUGGGUUCUGGCGAGUGCCAAGUUCAACUUCCCGUUGUUCUUGACCACCUGGCACAUGGUAUUCGCCACGGCGAUGACCCAGAUCCUCGCCCGGUUCACCAAUGUGCUGGACUCGCGUCACAAGGUCCCCAUGAACCCGGCUACCUAUACUCGUGCCAUUGUGCCCAUUGGUAUCAUGUUCAGUUUGAGUCUGAUUUGCGGUAACUUGGCAUACCUCUACCUGAGUGUUUCCUUCAUCCAGAUGCUCAAGGCUACCAACGCUGUCGCAACCCUCCUGGCCACCUGGGCUUUCGGAAUCGCUCCUACCAACAUGAAGACUCUCGGCAAUGUGUCUCUCAUUGUUGUCGGUGUUGUGAUCGCCUCGUUCGGCGAGAUCAAGUUCGACAUGUUGGGUUUCCUCAUCCAGGUCGCCGGUAUCGUCUUCGAGGCCCUACGUCUGGUCAUGGUCCAGCGUCUGCUUAGCUCCGCCGAGUUCAAGAUGGACCCCUUGGUCUCUCUGUACUACUACGCUCCCGCUUGUGCCGUCACCAACGGUAUCGUCACUCUCUUCGCUGAGGCUCCCCGUCUCACCAUGGGUGACAUCUACGGUCUCGGUGUCGGCACCCUUAUUGCCAACGCACUGGUUGCCUUCCUUCUUAACGCCUCCGUUGUCUUGCUGAUUGGCAAGACCUCCGCCGUCGUCCUGACCAUGGCCGGUAUCCUCAAGGACAUCCUCCUUGUCGGCGCCUCCAUGUUCAUCUUCCGCGACCCCGUUACUGCCCAGCAGUUCUUCGGUUACUCCAUUGCCCUGGCUGGUCUGGUGUACUACAAGCUCGGCGCUGAGAAGUGCCAGAGCCUUAUGACGGAUGUGCGCCUCCAGGUUGGCGAGUACAACCGCAGCAACCCCGCCCGCUUCAAGGCCAUCGCCAUCGGUGUGCCUUGCGCUCUUGUUCUGCUCAUUCUGUACAGUGGCAGCUCGACCCCUGCUCAGGUGACUGUCUGA